CCGCUCACCGAGGUUCAGGGGAGCGACGAAAAACUCGAUCUCAGGCGGCAGGCCCAGACCACACAGCGGAUAAGCUCAAACUCGUACUCGUACUGCUCCUGCUCUGCUUUGUCCCCUCUCGCUCUGUAUUGAGCUCACACGAGCAGGGAAAGGAACUCCAUCGAUCUGAGAGAGAGCUGCUCUGCCGUUUCGGCCAUGGCUGCACGAGCGCUGACCGCUGCCGGCCGCCGGGUGGCCGGCCAGAGCCAGACCAGGCCUACGCCUUUUCUCGCCUCCUCCAGGAGCGGGGCCAGCAUGAACCACUCCUCGGCCAGCGCGCAGCGUGAGGACGAGCGCGGGGACGCCCAUGGUCCGGCGGCGGAGGCGAUGACCGGGGCGCAGGUGGAGGCCGCGCUGAACCGCAAGAACGUCGAGGUGCUCCAGGGCGAGGAGGAGCAGGUCGCCACGGUGCUGCCAGACGAGACCAUCGGCGAGGGCGCGCUGGACAGCGGCGAGGACGCAUCGUGGGUGCCCGACCAGGACACGGGCGUCUUCGUCCCUGCCGAUGACGGCCACGGCGGGGGCGCGCAUCCCGCCCCACCGCAGCACCUGUACGGAGGCGUGGGCGGGUCAGCGUCGGUGCUGGACCAGGCGGUGUUCGUCCGAGAGGAGAUGGAGGACGUGGAGAGACCGGCCAUGGACCUCACCCAUGCCAACGGCGGCAGCAACAACUAAAUUAGUUAUCCAUGGUAGAAUUACUAGCUAGUAGAAGAAUAAAUCCCAUGGAUGCAUCUCUCGAAGCCUGUAGUAAUAAAAGGCUCUCGGUUCACUGCUGCUAAUCAGUAGGAUCAUCUGAUGUGGCACCUCUUAUAGCCAACUUAUGCCCCCCUAUUAUACUUGCCCUUACUGACCUAGUGAUA